UUGAAAUGUUCGAAUCUUAUUUAUCUUCGUAUUUCAUCCAAUUCCUAUUUCAGUCUUCAAAGGUUUUAGCAAACAGAUCAAACAAGAAGAACCUUCGACUUUUAAAUUCGGACAGAAGUAAACAUUUUAGAACAUGUCUUGGCCUACGUGGACAGCAGCUGGAGCACCCAUUCCUACUCCAAUGGCUGCGCCUGUUCAAUCGACGUUAUUGCCAACUGCUCUAAAUUCUGCUCCAGCUGUAAUGGCGCCUGUAAGCUAUAAUCAAGAACAGUGGGCUCAAGUACAGCAACAAAAUUGGCAGCAGUGGGCACAGUGGCAACAACAAUAUCAACAAUGGCACCAGCAAUAUGGCGCAGAAUAUCAAAAAUCAUUAAGUGCAAUGCAAGGUAGCCUGCCAAAUGUAGCAGCAGUACAACCACCAUUGCCUACAGCAGCUAUGGCCGCCACAGUUAUUCCUCCACUUCCAGUCGAAAGUAAACCUCCGUUACCACCUGAAGAUCCGCCUAUUCUACAAUCAACCGUGUCUGCAGCAUAUUCAACUGGUCAACCUAGUUCUCACCCAGUAGGCUAUACAACUGCGCCUUUAAUGUCGCAGCAUGUGCCACCUCAAAUAACUCAACCUGCAUUUCCUCAAACAACCCAAACUUGGCAAAAUACUGCACAAAAACGACCACAUCAAGAUACUAAUUAUGAUCAUACAAAGAGAUCAGCGGUGGAAAUACCUGGAAAUCAGUGGAGCCAACAAAAACAAAUUCAAACUCAAUGGCAAGGAACAUCUCAGAAUUUUAGUCAACCUCCUCCUCAAAUCCCGACAACUGCAAAACCUAAUGUUAAUGUAGAAGAACUUUCAGAAGCAGAAAAGAAGUUUGAUAAAGAAUUUGCUGCUUGGGAGGCACAAUUUAAUAGAUGGAAGGAGCAAAAUGCCAAUCAUCCCGAUAAAACUCAAUACAAAGAAUAUGAAAAAAAAUGGGAAUCUUGGCGAAAUUCUCUCUUGGAACGUCGUGAACAAAUGCGACGAAAAAGGCUUAGUCUGGGUGGGCAAAGCGUAACAACAGCUCCAAAAACUCCAACUACAAAUUCAUCCAGUUUGGCUACUAAUCCGUCUAUUACACAAUCUUUACCUGGAAAUAAGUCUUUGCUUGGUCAAUAUCCUGGAGCUUCAACACCUGCGCUCCCGAAUAAUGAUUUAUUUAGUAAACUUCCACCUACUCUCAAUGAUGAACCUUUGACUUUCAAAACACAAACGAUUUCAAAAGAACAAGACGAUCAGAAUGCUGGUGAAGGAUUUUUAAAUUCAUCAUCUUCAGGUGGUAUUCCAGGGUUAGAUCUAGUCAAAGACGACUCAAACGACGAAAACUUACCUGAUAGAUCAGAUGAUAAAGAGAUUGAAAAAAUUGUGGAACCUAAUGAAAAUCCGGAGGUACAAAAUAAAGGACCAGAUUUUGAGGCCAUAUCUAAGGGUAUAAAUUCAAUACUUGGAGAUCAAAAAUUACUGAGUAUGUUGUCAAUGGUAUCACAAAAUCCACCAAUUGGUGCAAAUGCUACAAUUACAACAAAUACAUCUGUAAUUCCACCACAUUUUACACAAAAUUUUGCUGUGCCACCACCUAAUUUACUUCAACAUCCCCCUGGAAAGAUUGGUGGACCUUCACCCAUAAGUGGAGACCCUCCAUAUCCUAAGUUUUCGAAUCAAAGUUCUGAAAACAAAGAGGAAUACGGUCGAGAAACAUUAAAUAGAUUUGGUGGACCUAAUAUUGGUAACAACUUUGAUAGAAAAAGAGAUAUUCAAGACAAUCCUAGAUCAUUUAUUGACAGAGAAAAUACUUCCAGAGGACCUGGAAACUUUAAUCGAAAUGGUGAUAACUACAAUCAGAGUGAUAAUUUUAAUAACAGAUUUGAUGAUGGUCCCCAAUUUAACAGAAGCGUCGAUAGAGAUAAUUAUAAUGGUUCAGGAGGUACAGGUAAUUUUAAGAAACAGGACAAUUUUAAUAAAGACAACUUUGGAAGUCAUGAUAAAAAUCACGGCCGAUCAGAGAAUUUCAGACAAGAAAAUUAUGAUGAUUACGAUAAUUAUAACGAAGAAGAUGAUUAUGAAAAAUACAAUGAAUUGUUUAAAGAAGAAGAAGACAAUUAUCAAGAAGACCGUUAUCAAGAAGACCGUUAUCAAGAAGAUCGUUAUCAAGAAGAUCGUUAUCAAGAAGAUCGUUAUCAAGAAGAUCAUUAUCAAGAAGAACGUUAUCAAGAAGACCGUUAUCAAGAUAACUACAAGAAUGAUACAAUUCCUCAACAACCCCAACACAAAAUUUCUUCAUUAAUGGAUCGGCCAAUACCAGCUCCACCAAAUAUCCGUCAAGCAAAUAUUGAUCGUCAACCAAAUCUUGACCGUCAACCAAAUCUUGACCGUCAACCAAAUCUUGACCGUCAACCAAAUGUUGACCGUCAACCAAAUGUUGACCGUCAACCAAAUGUUGACCGUCAAUCUAAUUUUGACCGUCAACCUAAUUUUGACCGUCCACCAAAUUUUGACCGUCAACCAAACUUUGACCGCCAACCAAACUUUGACCGCCAACCAAACUUUGACCGUCAACCAAACUUUGACCGUCAACCAAACUUUGACCGUCAACCAAACUUUGAUCGGCAACCAAAUUUUGACCAUCCACCAAUUGUUGACCCACAAUCAACUGAUGCUCCUCAACCAAAUGUUGACCCUCAGCCAAAGGUUGAUGUUAAAUUGUUUGAACCUGCCAUGGUGAUUGAUUAUCAACAUAAAUCUAAAAAAGAAGCUGAUGAAGAGGUAACUGUAGUACCUGUUAACAUGUUUGAUUAUCAACAUAUACCCUUAAAUCGUAUACAAUUACCGCAGAGACCAAAAUGGCUUGCAGAAUCAGUUAAAUUUAUAAGAGAAUUCGAUCCGAUGGCGGUUAGGUUUGAAAGACCUAAAAAAGAAGAACGGAAAGACCGUUUAUUACCAGAUGAUAGAGGAAAUAGGAGGGAUAAAUCCUUCGAAUGGGAUGAAUUUCCUCAUGAUAGAAAAAAUACCCGCGAUAGAGGUGGAGAUAGAUUAAAAUAUAAUGAAAGAGAUGACUACAAAGAUGUAUCUGCUGGCAGAAUAAGAGAAGAAAGAUAUAAACACAAUAAUUCUGAAAAACGUAAAAGAGAGUCUAAUGAUAGCAAUAGAAAUGAACAGAAGAAAUUGGCCAAAGAUUUUGAAGAUUUGUCAGACUCUGAGAUGGAUUUUGAACAGAGUGAACAAGUUAGACAUAAUCAAGAUGUUGACAUUAAAAGAAGCAAAAGCAAAAGUCCAGAAUUAAGCAAUCCUCCAAAUCCUUCAAGUAAUCAAAUAGAUGUUACUAUGAUAGAGGAUAUUAUCAACCCUCCAGGACGUUUUAAUCGCCCACCGCGCAUAGUUAUUAUUUUAAGAGGACCUCCUGGAAGUGGAAAAACAUUUCUUGCUAAACAAAUUAAAGAUAAAGAGGUUGAAAAUGGAGGAUCCGCCCCUAGGAUCUUAUCAUUGGAUGAUUAUUUCAUGGUUGAGCAAGAAAGUAAAGUGUCCCAAGAUGGCAAAAUGCAAACUGUAAAAAAAAUGGUUUACGAAUAUGAAGCUGAAAUGGAAGAAUCAUAUAGAACAUCAUUUAUGAAAUCAUUUAAAAAAACAAUAACUGAUGGUUAUUUUCCAUUUAUUAUUGUCGAUAAUGUUAAUGAUAAAGUCAGACACUUUGGAGAAAUGUGGAGUUUUGCGAAACAAAAUGGUUUUCAGGUUUACAUAUGUCAAAUGGAUUUGGAUCCUGUUCAAUGUGCAAAGCGUAAUAUACAUAAUAGAACCGAAAAUGAAAUCGAAGAAAUAAUCCUUAAUUGGGAGCCUACACCGGCCCAUCACCCCACAGUAGAUGCUUCUGGUUUGCUUCAAAUGUGUGCCAUUGUUGAUGUCGAAAUGGAAGUUGACGAGGAGCAACAGGAUGUUAGUGAAGUACAACAAGUUCCAGAGGACCAAGUAAGAAGCAAAUGGGACAAUUUCGACUGUUCUAGUAAUAAUCUUGCAAAACUCGAUGGAGUCAGCAAACCCAUCCGAAAAUCGCGAACCAUGGAAGAAUACCUCCAACUGGACAGCCAGUGGGAACCCCCGAAAUCGACAACCUCGGGGAAGAAGAGGGUACGGUGGGCGGAUUUGGAGGAGCAGAGGGAAUUGGAGAAGAUGAGAGCAAUUGGAUUUGUGGUAGGUCAUACUGAUUGGGAAAGAAUGAUGGAUCCAACAGGAGGAAGACGUGCAUUGACUCAAACCAAGUAUAUUGAGAAUACUUCUAGAUAUAAACGUAUUUAAUUUCUUUUUUUAUUCCUAUUGUACUAGUAUCAAACUAUUAGUUAUAUUAAAUAGGUAAACAUUAUAUGUAUUUUUAUUUAUUUUAAUUGACAUUAAGU